CAGCGUCGCCAAACCAAGCAUAAAAAUUGUCAAUGUCGCUUGCUUAUUUACGAUUUUGGCAAAUUGCCAGCAAAUCAGGCGAAUUAUUAGUUAAAUGUGUCGCACAACACCCGCGCCAUGUAUACGGUCAAGUCGGAAAUCUACAGUGAGACCAACUAUCAGACAACACACAGUGCAGACGGUCACAUUGUCUCCAAAUUCCGUUUUCGUUAUCCUAACGUGAAGGAUGACAACGCCAAAGCAACUGUAGACCAUGAUGGUGACCUUGAGGUGCAGCGUCCCAGGCGCGGCACCAUUGAACUUGAGCAUUCCGAUGCCACAGAGCUGAAAUUGGUGGGGCUGCAGGUGUGGCGCGGUGCACUGCUGCUGGCUGAUUAUGUGUUCCAUCAGCGCGAAGAGCUGGCCAGCAAGACGUUGAUGGAGCUGGGCGCUGGCGUGGGACUCACCAGCAUUGCGGCCGCCAUGCACAACGGCGGCCAGGUCUACUGCACGGAUGUGAAUCUCGGCAGCAUACUGCAGCUAAUGCGUCGCAAUGUGCAGCGCAAUGCCCAGCUGCUCCGUGGCCAGGUGUCGGUGCUCGAGUAUGAUUUCCUGGCACCCAAGUCCAAGCUGAGCGCUGAGCUGCUCGCGGCCAUUGAUGCCAGCGAUGUGAUAAUGGCAGCGGAUGUCAUCUAUGAGGAUACGCUGACCGAUGCUUUCGUGGCCGUCAUGGAGCACAUCCUUGCACGUGGCAAGCAGUCGGGCAGGCCCAAGUGCAUCUAUGUGGCCAUGGAGAAGCGUUACGUCUUCACCCUGGAGGACUGCGACUCUGUGGCGCCCAUGUGGGAGCACUUUCUCAGGCAGACGGCGCACAAGCCGUGGCUCAUGGAGCAGCUUCCGCUGGACUUUCCACAGUAUUUCGAAUACGAGCGUUGUCCGCAGCUGAUCCUGAUGCGCAUUACUUGCCGCUGAUCAGAGCCCUU